UUCGGCAAAAGCGUCUCGCUAGACUUGGUCUUUUAUCCUCAGGAGAACAAAGUACAUCAAUCACUCCUUCAUCGGAUUCUAAAUAAUAUCGGAAAUAAUUCGCGCGAUGCUUCUUUAAUAGGAGAAUCUCAUCUCUUAUCAAAAGGACUAACCUCCAUUGAUCCUAACGAAAAAGAUUCGACUUGUUUUGCGAUUCCUGUUCAGCACGAAUUAAAAAGACACAAGCCUAUGUCUUUUUCUGCUUUGGACCAUACUCCACAUUACCUAAAACAAAAUGAGACUAUUAAUGAACCAAAUAAUUUGCAUGAACUCAUUGAUGCUACUAUUAGACGAAUUAUUAGCGUAGAUGUUUCGAAUUCAGAUCACGUUAAACAGCGUCUAUUCGUUUCGCAGGGCAAAAUAUAUGUGAGAUUAAGUAGAUUGGAUGUGUUUUGUGUCUCAUCAGAUCUUCGCGAUAAAAGUGAGCGUUUGCUUAAAAUGAUUUCUCGUUAUAUGGCAAAAAUAACACAAACGUCCUCCAACAUUAAAGAAUUUUUGCAAGUGGAAUACCUUUGCUCCUGCCUGUAUCAUCUGAUUGGAGAAAAGGAUAAGCUGCUUCGGAAAGCGCGUUCCCUCAAUUUAUCGCCAUCCAAUUCUCCAGUAGAAGGUGUCUCAUUUACUACAGAAGUGUUAGAUGACCUUAAAGUGCUUCUGGUCGACACUUUGAUUCUGGUUGCUCAGGGCCUAGUGUCCUUGCCCAGUGCUGAUCGACCUACCAACUCUCCUGGUGAUGUUUGGCUUGCUCCAGAUCUUGUUACAUCACCACUUCUCUCUAUACUUCUCCCUCUCUCCUUGGCUUGUGUUCCUAUCUCUCUAUCGUUUCCCCUAAUCUCUCCAGUCUCUGAAAACUUGCUCCGUUCUGACGAUCCAUCCAUCACUCUCCUCACUCUUGCUGCCUCCUAUGAUGAAGAUGAUUAUGAUACUACGGUCGUCUCUAUGGAGACCGAUAACACUAAGCUGAUCAGUCUCCAAUCAGAAUACUCCUUCGACGCAGAAGGCCUUCCAUCUAUUGACAAUAGGAAAGACAAAGUUCUCUUAGGAUCUAAUCUUGCAGAGGAGACCGAUCUACCACUUGGAAGCGCUGAUGCGAUCUUUGAACUGGUCAGCCGAUUGGAUUCUGAACUACAGCAGCCUUCUUCAUUCCAUACAGUUUCUGAUAAACCAGUAACAAAUGUAUGA